AUGCCUCCUAUUACUGCAAUCACGAGAGCAUCUCAAAUAAGUGCAACCACAAAAGCAUCUCUGUCAAGUAUAUCUGUAUCUUCUUCAACAUCUUCCACACCUUCCACAAGCUUACCCAGCUCAAGCUCCACCGUAACCUACACAUCUGGACUUCCUUUACCUACUUAUUCUCUCACUCAAGCAAAUAGGGGCGCGAAUUUCUUCGAAACUGAUUAUUGGAACUUUUGGUCGGAUGCAAGCGAUCCAACGCAUGGUACAGUCACGUAUGUUAAUCAAAGUACAGCUUAUUCUCUAGACCUAAUCGGAGUAAACUCAAACAAUCAAGCUUUCAUCCGUGCAAGUCAACAAGAUUUAGACUUGGGAGUUUAUCGGCCCUCUGUUCGAUUUGGAUCAUUUCCAGCUUAUGAUUCUGCUUUAGUGAUUAUUGACGUGGCAAAAAUGCCUGUAGGAUGUGCAACUUGGCCAGCAAUUUGGUCAGUAAUGGGAUCUGAAUGGCCCGAAUACGGAGAGAUUGAUUUUAUGGAAGGUAUAGGGUACACGUCUAUGGGUGAAAAUGCUAAUUUGAUGUCUGUUCAUAUGAAUGAUACUUCUUAUCUAACUUCAAGUAACGAUAGUUAUUUAGGCACAAUGUCAAACAGCAACUGUAUGACGAAUUACGGCUUGGGAAAUACGGGAUGCGAUUUUUAUGAUAGCAACGUUAAUGGACCAUCUUGGGGCGUGCCUUUUAACAAUGCUGGAGGCGGAAUCUGGGCCGCUUUAUGGGGAAACAAGAUGGGUGUUCGUAUCUGGUUUUGGGGCAGAGAGAGUGGUUUGAUUCCAUCAGAAUUGAGUGAUCCGACUUCUUCACCCGCCAAAUUGGAUCCGAGUAAAUGGGGUAAGCCAAUGGCAGAUUUUCAAUCCUCGGUCAUUAAUCAAAAAUUACGACAACAAAAUCUCGUCUUGGGUAUCACAAUCAAUGGAGAUUGGGCAGGGAAUGUGCCAAUGGAUAAUACGCAACAAUGUGGUACAAAUCGUACGAUUGCAUUGGCAACUGGAUCGAAUUAUGCUGAUGCCGAAUUUGUAUUGAAUGGAAUUGAUGUUUAUACUUGA